UUCCACCCGUGUGUGAGAAGAUACAUCACUCUCUUGUCGCCAGAAAGGGAGAAAGACGACUUUAUGAGUGUCCGGUAACUUCUAAUCCAAAACCUUUCAAAUAUAGAUGGAGCCUGCAAGCUGGAGGUGUAGUCCGGAUACUAGAACAUGAAUCUAGAACUCCAGAUAUAUGGUUUAGUCCAAAUACAGACUCUGAUUAUGGAGCUUUAGUCUGCUGGGGGGAGAAUACUCUUGGAGUACAACAAUCACCCUGUAUCAUAAACCUUAUUCAAACAGGAGUACCCGAGCCUGUGAAAGACUGCAGAUCAAAUAUAUCCUCCUUAAAUGUGAUAUUCUCGUGUAUCCCUGGGUAUAGUGGCGGGGAGCAGCAGCAUUUCCUCUUGAAACUCAAUCUAAGCCGAGGGCAAGAUUCAAAUAGGAUAGAGCUAGUCAGCUCACAGUCACCAUUCUUUAUCGUCAAGGACUUGCCGCCUGGUGCUAGUAUGGUUGUAUCUAUAGUAGCUGUAAACCUGAAUGGAGAGAGUACACCAGUAAACCUUGUGAUGAACGUACCUGAAUCUAACCACCUGGAGAGACACGUUAGAGAGAAAUCCAAACCUAGUUCCCUUCUCUGGGUUCUCCUCACCAUAGCAUCAACUCUAGGUCUGGUUACAGUGCUGAUCAGUGUUCUCAUAAGGGUAGUGGUGCUGUAUAUCAGGAGAAGGAGGUUGGCCUCGGCCAGGGUGGAGGCUGAUCAUCAGAUGAGCGAGAUGAACUUUACCCCGGUGGACGAGGCUGUUAAGCAUCCUCAGCUCUGGAGAUAUUCUCAAGGGUUGUCUCAAGAAGAUCUUAUUCUUAAUUUACAUCCAGGAGUAACCUACGUAUCUCCGUUCUACACCCUGCCCAGACAUCAACCCGGGCAUCCUUGUUCUUCUAGAGGUUGUACUAGAUGCACUAGAUAUACUAGACCAUCAUCCUUCCAUUCUCCUUUCCAUAAUAAUAUGGACUCAUUGUUUCUAUUGGAAGAAUGUGGACAUAGCAACCCUGAUAGAUGUUCAGUUAGAAGCUUAGAUGUUGCUCUAUAAUAAUUUACAAUAUUUUAUUAUCAUUUUAAAGAUGUCAAAUUUAUUAUAAUCAAAUGUUUAUAUUUAAAAUAAGAUUAUAUCAUUAAACAAUUUUAUCAAAGUGAAUUUGUUGGCAUGUAAGUAAAAUAUUUUUUUUUGAAAUUCCACUUUUUGAAAUUAGUUAACAAAUGAAUAGCAAAGCAAAAUGACAAUUUCAUUUACUAUUGACCAUCAGUAUCUAUACACAAAUACACUGAUUAAGGUGUCUCAAUUUAAAGAGUUGUUUUUACUGUUCUGAAAUAUACUGAAUGUUUCAUAAAAAUAUGCUGGUCUAUUUAUUUACUCGAAUGUGACAAAACUGUCAUGAAUUUUUAUAUAUAUUGUUUUUUGUAGAAAUAUUGAUUUUUUAGUUUCUAUUAGUGCAGCGUGCCAAAAGAGAAUUUCAAAAAAUGUAUUCUCAUAAUUAGGUUUGGUAAAUUAUUUAGAGGGACUGUAAGCGUAAUAUCAAGAGGUGCCUAAUCUACAACCUUACCCGCUGAACCUUAUUCUGAUAGAAUACUGUGUGUUUAUCUCUAAACUGAUGACGUAACAUAUAUUUCUCCAAUUUCCCGGUCCCGACUAUUCUUUUACCCAAACGCAGUAUCCAAAAAGUCAAAUGAAAAUAUUAAUUUUUUUCUGGAAAGUGAAAAUUACUUUAUUUCUUGAAUAUAAUAGAGCUUUCAAACAAAGUUAUUAACAAUUACAACUGUUUCUGUAGAGAAUUAAGGAUCGUUCUUGAUUAUGAAAAGCUUAAAGGAACUGUUGUGAAUCAGACACGACACUUGAAGAAAACCUUUACAGUCUCUUGUUAUCUGUUUUGGCUUUCAGUUUUAAGUAUUAAAAAAUAUGAACGUCAAAUAUUUCAAAUGUUCUGCUCUUCUUGAAGUUUACUUUUAUUACACUUUUCAAAGUUUAUAGAGGUUUAAUA